CGCCGCACCAAUCAGGAAGGAAUAACCGGGCUUCACUGUCAGUCCAUCUGCUCCUGCCGGGCCGUUCCGCACAAAUCAGCCUUUUACCGACAGAUUACCGACCGAUUUCCAAACGGAAUGGCCAAGAAAAGAGGCGCCGCGCGGGAGGCCGAAUCCACACCGUUGGUUGAAGACGAACCGAAGCCUACGGAAACUUUGACGGUUAAAGAGUCUUCAUAUGUGGGAGCCGGCUCGACGCGUGUGUCGCUCCUCAUCCUGGUCGGCAUCUUCGCCUGCUCGGCCUCCGUCAUGUACCUGGUCUACAGGAACUUCCCAGAACUCAGUGUAGACGAGAAGGAGAAGAUGAGAAUCCCCAGAGACAUGGAGGACGCUAAGGCCCUGGGCACCGUGCUGUCCAAGUACAAGGACACCUACUACUCACAGGUGCUGCUGGCCUACUUCACCACUUACCUGUUCCUCCAGACGUUUGCCAUCCCCGGCUCCAUCUUCCUCAGCAUCCUCUCUGGGUACCUGUACCCCUUCCCCCUGGCGCUCUUCCUCGUCUGCCUGUGUUCAGGUCUGGGCGCCUCCUUCUGCUACCUGCUCUCCUACCUGGUGGGGCGGCCCGUGGUGCACAGGUACCUGACGGAGCGCGUGCAGAAGUGGUCUCAGCAGGUGGACAAGCACCGCGAGCACCUGAUCAACUACAUCAUCUUCCUGCGCAUCACGCCCUUCCUGCCCAACUGGUUCAUCAACAUCACAUCGCCCGUCAUCAACGUGCCCCUCGGAGUCUUCUUCAUCGGAACCUUCCUGGGCGUGGCUCCUCCGUCGUUCGUGGCGAUCAAGGCGGGCACGACGCUGUACGCGCUGACGACGGCGGGUGAGGCGGUGAGCUGGGGGUCUCUGGCGGUGCUGGGGGUGCUGGCCGUGCUCUCGCUGCUGCCCGUCGCCUUCCAGCGCCACCUCAAGGACAAGAUGCACUAGCCCCGCCCCCCGGAGCUGUCACUCACACGCACGCAUCUCUAGCCCCGCCCCCUCUCCUCCUCCUCCUGAUAACUGCUGAGCUCUCCCCACUGGCCAUCUGCAGCUGCUGGCUCCUGAUUGGUCAUCUCCAGCUGCUGCCGCCUGAUUGGUCAUCUCCAGCUGCUGGCUCCUGAUUGGUCAUCUCCAGCUGCUGGCUCCUGAUUGGUCAUCUCCAGCUGCUGGCUCCUGAUUGGUCAUCUCCAGCUGCUGCCGCCUGAUUGGUCAUCUGCAGCUGCUGCCGCCUGAUUGGUCAUCUCCAGCUGCUGCCGCCUGAUUGGUCAUCUCCAGCUGCUGCCUCCUGAUUGGUCAUCUCCAGCUGCUGGCUCCUGAUUGGUCAUCUCCAGCUGCUGCCGCCUGAUUGGUCAUCUGCAGCUGCUGCCGCCUGAUUGGUCAUCUCCAGCUGCUGGCUCCUGAUUGGUCAUCUCCAGCUGCUGCCUCCUGAUUGGUCAUCUCCAGCUGCUGGCUCCUGAUUGGCCAUCUGCAGCUGUGAUCCCUCCUCACUGGUCCCCCAUCUCUGAUCUCUACUGGUUGUUUCCUGCCCCCCAGUAGGAUGUGCCAUUGCAGGAGCCCCCCCCCCCCCC